ACGUUUGGGAAGCCAGAAAUUACAAUGCGCAAACAAACAGAAAAAACUAACUGGAAUUAGCAAUUAAGCCACACGCCAACAUUUUGAAUAAACAUCACUUGAAUAUGACUUAUCUAGAUUUAUCCGACAGUGCACGGUAAAAUUCUUAAAUUGCUUUCUCACAUUGGUAAGUCAGAAACAUUAACCUAUAUUAACAAUGCACAUUCAAAAUACGACAUCCACUGUAUCCACUUUGCUGAUAAUCCACCACCGCAACUUUGGCGCAGCGAGCGUCCUUCCAUUUCUAUAUAACGCAGUCUGAUGUUCAUUUAUCAAUAUUUUUAGUCGAUGCGCAGUUGGGUGUUUAUUGUUUCUGAUCUAUUUCAGAAGUUUUCGUAACGACUAUGAAAGUUUUACUUGGUUUUACUUCGAACAUAUGAUAUUCAAUUAGUAAUUUCUCUAUAUCACUUAUAAUAAUUAUAUAUGUAGUUUGUUCUUUAUGCUGCUAUAGUGAAGCGUAUAAAUCCCCGAAAUGUCUAAAGAACCUAACUUGUUUGAAAAAUUCACUGUCUUGAUGGAUCAAAACAUACGGGGCGUUCAGUAUGGGGUGUAUUCUGUGGCUGUUGUUGGGUUAGCAAUUGCUUUGAGAAGUGUAAGACCAUUUAAGAAGUUCUAUCGUCCCCAAGAUUUUCCAACUAGUUUUAUUGAAAAGCAUAUAAAACUUCAUGGGAAAGCUGUAGGAGUCAUACCUCCAUUUGGUUCUUCACCACCUCUUCUUCUUAUUGACCACACACCAAUUCUGUCCCUCCAAUGGAUUCGACCGCAAACUCCAGAUCUUCCUGUCGAAAUUUCAAGUAUCAAUUUAACUCCUAAUGGCCUUUCCUGGCUUCAACAUGUUGUUGUUGGAACAUGUGUGGAAUUUUCCAUCCUGAAAGUAAACCCCACAUCAGUUAGUUGCAUUGUAACAAAACAGAAGAAGAAUGUGGGCCUUGAUUUAGUUUCCCUGGGUUUUGCUUCAGUGUCACCUUUAGAUUUUCAUUUAGAGAAAGAUCCUUUAUAUUUAAAAUAUUACCAACAACUUCUCCAUGCUGAAAAUCGUGCAGAAAAAAAGGGUAAUGGAAUAUGGGCCAAAGAAAAUGUUGGCUCAAUUCCUCGGCUGCUGCAGAAAGUUCCUAACAAAAUGAACCAUUUAACACUUAAUGCAUUAAAUGCACUAAAGAAUGGAAUAUUAAAGAAGAAAACCAAACUCCAAGCUGUUGCUGCUGGAAAUGCUUAAGAUUUAUUUUUUCUGGAAAAAUAAUACAUUCUUAAAUUUCAUGGCUACAAACAGAUAGCUCUUGAAUCUAGUGAACCACUGUGUAAAAAAAAAAUAUUGAAGAUGUCUUAUUAAAGUACGAGUAUUUAAAGUUCAAUUGAACAGCUAUACAGUCUGACAUAUCUUAGUAAAAGGUCCCAGAGCAUCCAUAUGUAUAUUUCUUUGCUUUAGAAUCCUAAAAUGUUCCUUUCAAAUCAUUUAAAUUAUUCUAACACAAUAUAAUCUGAAUAUUUUUUUAGUUACUUGUAUUUUGGCAACUUAUAUAUAAAAUAUUGAUUAAUUUCUAAGAAUCCAUUUGUCUGAUUUAUUGUCAUGAACUUUAAGCAUUAGCUACAACUAACUUGGGACCACUAGUGUUGGCAUAUGGUGCUUGCUUGGAUGUUGUGCCUUUGUUGUUGAAUACUUUGUUAAGUACUUUAGUUUUUGUAAUAAUAUAAAAGUUGUACUAAAAUACAAAAUAUACAAUAUUGUUGAUAAGA